AUGUCAAGCACUCCUCCUAUAGGAACCCCAAAAAAACACGAAGAAUGUUUUGAGACUCCUCACUUGAUAAAAAGAAGAUCUUCUUUGAUGCGCGACAACAAUUUCUGCCAACCUAAGCCGUCAGACUUAUCAGAGAAAAUUGUCUACACUGACGCUUUCCAACGUCUUCGACGAAUCAAACAAUUAGGAGCAAUGGACUUUGUGGUCAGUUCUGCUACUCACACACGUUUUGAGCAUUCUUUAGGUGUUUCUGAAUUAGCGCGUUCGAUGGUGAAACACUUGAAUUACGUCCAAGUAGUGUCCACACAACAAACGACUGGGGAGGAUGUUGUGAAUGAAUCCGACGACCGAACCAUCGAAGUAGCUGCAUUAUGUCAUGAUUUAGGUCAUGGCCCCUUUAGUCAUGUCUACGAAGGUGUCAUGAAAGCGCGAGGCAUUCACUUCAAUCAUGAAGAGCAGUCUGUCAAGUUAUUUAAGAAAAUAGUUGAUGACGAGUCUAUAGACUUUACCACCGAUGAAGUCCGAGGCGUUGAAGAGAUUAUCUUAAACAACUUAACUUCCUCCAAGAAGUGGCGGCGUCAAAUUGUAUCAAAUGAAAGUAAUGGAAUCGAUGUCGAUCGACUCGAUUACAUUCGGCGGGACUCAUAUCACCUCAACAUCCCUUUACGUUUUAAAGUCGAAAAUAUCAUCCAAAAUUCAGUCAUUUUAGAUAACAAUAUUUGUUACUUAACAGACUGUAAAAACGACUUAGAAGAAUUGUUUAAUAAUCGAUACGCCCUUUAUAAGAACUUUUAUAACGGUAAGGAAACAGGGUCUGCAGAGUUGUUAGUAUCCGAUAUCUUAAUUCAAGCAGCUAAUUACAUCCCAACACUCAAAGCGACUCCAGACGAUCUGGAUACAUUCAUCCAACUCGACGACUCAGUUCUGAAUCAAAUCCGAUUUAGUAAAGACCCAAAUUUGAAACAAGCAAAGGAAAUGACACGACUCCUUGAUAGAGGAAAGUUAUACCCGCUGGUCACAACUAUCAAACAAACUCAGGCAAAUGAAGAAAUGAUCGCUAAAUUAACACCAGAACUAGUGGCAAACUUUGGCAAGAAUCUAUUACCUAAUGAUAUUAUUGUUAAUAACCAAACUAUUUCUGUCGCAAGAAAAGAUAACUGGGAAAAUAUCGCAUUUGUCCAAUCAUUUGACUCGAAAAACUAUUUCUUUAUGACUCCUUCAAUUUUGUAUCCAAAAGAAACACAAACCCAUUGGAAAAGAAUUUACACCCGAUCUCCCGAAAAAAUGGAGGAUAUCAAAAACGCUGUGGAAAAGUUUGUGGGAGCUGAACAGCUCGAAAAUUCAAUCUUGUUAGAUUGA